UAAAAAAAAAAUGCAUCCGCUUAUGAGAGCUAACGUUAGCCGCAACACAUCGUCACUAUCACUUCCGGUUCAGAGGUUCCGGGCAAGUUAAACGUUAGCGUUAGCUAAGCUAGGCUAGGCGCUUUUUGACAAACGCCAAAUGUUUGCGACCAAUACCAAGUAGUUGAAACGCGACUUAUAAGUAGUUAGUGGUAACGUUAUAUCCGUCGUGUCUCUACAGUUUAAUAAAGUACCCUAUAAGUGUCCACUCAUCGCUUUUUUACUAGUUUUAUGUCGCUAGCUCAAUUAGCUAACAAAGUUGUCACUAGUGACAACGGUAACCUAGCAGCCGAAGCAUCACACCAUGGCAACCUCAGGAUGGCUGUUUACCGUCGUUUUAACUCACCAGUAGCCUAUAUUUACCAUCUACUUUCACCAAAAGGGGCACAUUUUGAGGCGCAUAGCAAAUGUUUAGCCACAGCUUCCUGACUACAAUGAGCUGGCUAACCAGCUAACACUAGCAUUGUGCAGCUAGUUAUCACUUAACUUGCUCAAUUCCUGGUUAAAUCUUUACAAACAACGCAUGUGGCCAAGAUGCCUGCUGCUCUUGAGUGGGAUAAAGUGACGAGAAUUGACCCUGCGAGUCUCUUUGAAUGUGAAAAACACCAACUGGACGAGGUCAUCGACAUGUUCGUUUUGACAGAAGAAUGGGAGGUGAAGGAUAAAGCUCCGGAGAACAUUAUUCAAGUCCUCAGAGUGUUUCAGACCCUACUGAAGAUUAAGGAUCAGGAAGCUACUAUUUCCUCCGACUUUGUCGAGACCAUUGGUGUGAAGCAUGCCAAAACUGAAAAUGAACUCCUCGCCAAGGUGUCAAGGCUGGAACAAGACUACAAGUACUCCGGCAAAGGGCCAGACACCCGCUUUCUGAGAGAUGAGAUUCGGCAGCUCGAGACCCAGCUGGAGCAGAGGGAGAAGGAGUUGACCCAGAUAAAGAAAGAAAUGGGCAAGGAAAAGAAAACAAUUGAGGAGUUGGUUGUGCGAGCAGAGGAGGCUGAGAAUGAGGCCAAGAAGCUGAAAAGAGAGAUAAAAAAGCUUAAGAAGAAGAAUGAGCAGUUCCAGCAGGAUGUGGACUUCUAUCGCGGAGAGCUGGACCAGAAAGAACCGAUCUCAUCCAAAGACGAGAACGCUGAGACCCAGAGGAAGCUCAACCUGGCCAACCGACAACUCUACCAGUGUUUGGAAGACCUUCAGCGAGCGGAGGAUGAAAACAUACACCUGAAGACACAGAACGAGCAGAUGCAGAAAAGUCUGGAGGAGUCGGUGAGGGAGAUGGAGAAGAUGACAGAUGAGUACAACAAGAUGAAGAUUGUUGUGCAGCAGACGGAUUCCAUUAUGGACCAGCUGAGGAAAGAGAGGGAUCAUGCAAAGCUGCAAGUCAGAGAGCUAACAGAUAAGAUUCACGGCAUGACUGAAGAGGAGGAUCCAAUUAUGGCAGCAGUCAAUGCCAAAGUGGAGGAGUGGAAGAGAGUGCUCUCUGGGAAGGACGAUGAAAUUUUGGUGUACCAGCAGAUGAUCCGUGAUCUGAGGGAAAAGUUGCGCUCAGCCCAGUUGGACAUGGACAAAAGCAACAUUAUUGCCUUGCAGCAGGUCAUAUAUGAGCUCUGCAGUGCCGUCCAAGAGAGAGAUAAUCAAAUCAAGAUCCUGAGUGAGCAGGUGGAGCAGUAUACAGGGGAAAUGGAGAAGCACACGCUGCUCAUCGAGGAGCUAAAGACGUCCACGAAGAAAGACAGAGGCCUUCCAUCGGCCAUACAGCAGAGAAAGACGGAAGAGCUGAAGUACAAGCUGGAAGCUGCAGAGACGAGAGCUGCGGACGCAAUGCGGGUGGUAAAGUUUGCAGAAGCUCACGCUGAAGAAAAAGACAAAGCACUCAUUGAGGCUUCAAACCGCAUGAGCCAGUAUGAGGCUGGCACUUAUGGCCUGGAGGCAGCCAUCGCAGAGAUCAAAGAGUGUAAAAAUCAGAUUAAAGUGAGAGACCUUGAGGCAGAGGCCAUAACCAAAGAGAUCAACCAGCUUGAGAUGAGAAUGAAUGACCUCAUGGACGAAAACGAGGAUUUCCGAGAAAAACUUGGUCUGGAACCAAAGCAGGAAGUGGAUCUGAAAGCGUUCAGGAGAGCCAAAGAUCUCAGACAACGGCAGUACAAAGCAGAAAACCAAGUCCUCACCAAAGAGAUUGAACAGCUUGAAGAAGAGAGACUGGAGCUAAAGAAGCGAAUCAGACGCAUGGUGAAGGAAAGAGGGAUCCCACAGUCAAGCUUGCUGCUGGAGGAGGACGUCAGGCCCAGCAGAACUGUACAGCUGUCACUUAAACAAAGCAGCACUUACACAGAUGUGGAGAUCCGACGCAAAAAUGAGUACCUGGAAAAAGAACUGAGUAAGAAAGAGAGAGAGCUGGAACUUCACAAGACCCAGUCUCACAUCAAAUUGGAUGAAUUGUCAAAAGUGAAAAGAGACCUGGAGGGUGCGCUGAAAGAUGUCCUCCAAGCCAUGAGGAUUAACCAAGAGACUGCUCCAUCUAACGCUGCCAUCAAUAUUCCCAGUUUGGAGAGGUUGGCUAAUGUUAUAGAUGUCGGCAACAUGAGCGGGCAGGCAGAGUCGGCCGUGCACCUCAAGUCCCAAAUACAUCAGCUGGUGGGGAGAAAUGAAGAGCUAAGGCAGGAGCUGAAAUCGGCCCGGGAGGAAGCAACCAGCAGUGUCUGUCAGCUUGCCAGAGCCAAAGAAAAGAUGAACCAACUGGAAGUUGAAUUGGAGCUGUUAAGACGGUCAGACAGCAGGGGAGCUGUCCUCCGACCUCUGAACCUCCCGGAGGGCCUGGGGCCCAGCAGCACCGAGGUCAUCAGUUCUCUGAAUGAAUACGCUGUUCGACUUCUUCAGGAGCUCAAAAACAAGGAGGAAAAAAACAAGAAACUUGCAGGAACACUGGAGGAAUACAAAGACAAGUUUUCUGUUAUCAGCCACCAACAGGGACUCCUCUAUAAAGAAUACCUAAGUGAGAAGGCAGAGUGGCAAAAGGAGAAAGAGACAUUCACAGAGAUGAAGAACAAGCUGGAGGAGCUAAAGGAGGUGGACGGUGUUAAAAUCCAACAAUUCAACGAGCUGCUGGACACCCUCCAGAAGGACCCAGAGGAAAUCAGGAGACAGCUGAGCGAAGCAUUGCGCAAGCUGACGAUGCUGAAGGUCAACGAGAAGAAACUGACGCGCCGCUACGUCACCCUGCUGGAGCAAGAGCAGCACCUCCGCAAGGAGAACGGCAAGCUGAGGGACGAGAGCAGCCACAUGCAGGCCUCUGUCACCCAGAGGAUAGGCUACCUGCAGAGAUACAAGGAAAUGACGGCAUAUAAGAUAGCAGCACUGCAGAAGGCCUUGGAUGAUAGUGUGCCCUCAUCAGACCUGGAGAGGGCUAACAAACAGUACACGGAGCUAACAGUCAAAUACAGAGACAUGCUACAGAGGGACAGCCGCCUGAUACAGAGGACCACCAACCUCGAACAUUUGGAGAGUGAGAAUGAGUCUUAUCGGGAGCAAAUCUCAGCCACGAAUAAAGAACUGGAGAUCACAAAGGAGAAGCUGAUUACUUUAGAGCAAGCAUGGAACAACAUCAAUGCAAUUGGUGGUGAAAAUAGCAUGGAUAAGGCCGACAAGGCGUUGGCCAACAAAGAGAUGGUAUCUGCCGCCAGGUGCAUUACAUCCCUGGAGAUGAAGGAGCUGAACGAGAGGCAGAGAGCUGAGCAUGCCCACAAAAUGUAUGAACACAUGAGGAACUCCCUCAGGCAGGUGGAAGAUCGCAACUUAGAACUGGAGUCCAAGUUUGCAGAGUUGACCAAGAUGAAUGUAGAGGCCCAGCGGGUGGAGCGGGAGCUGAGAGAUGAGCUGGCAGACAGCAUCAGCAAAGCGGUGAGCGACGCCGACAGAGCCAGGAUUGCAGAGUUGGAGAAGGCCGAGGCUGAGCUGCGCAUCGAGGUUUCUAAGCUUCAAGAGGUGUCUGAUGUGGCCAUGAUGCAGUCGUCUGCUCUCCAGGCCAGACAGAGGUCCAAAGAGAAGGAAGUAGAAGCUUUGAGGAGACAAAUACUGGACUACCAGUCACAGUCAGAUGAGAAGGCCCUGAUUGCAAAGCUCCACCAGCACAUUGUGGCUCUGCAGCUCAGUGAGUCAGCUGCUUUGGCCAAGCUGGAGGCUGCUACCUCUCGAAUCCAACAGCUGGAGGCCUACAAGCUGCGCGCUGAACAGCGGCUGGAUGCAAGUGAGCGCACUCUCUUCCUCGCCCGCCAGGAGGGCAGAAAUCGCUCCAAGCACCUACGGCAGACCAUCCAGUCGCUACGUAGGCAGUUUGCCGGAGCACUGCCUCUUCCCCAGCAGGAAAAGUUCUCUGUGGCCUUGGUGAGCCUCCAGGAGGACAGAGCAAAAGCCCAGGAGGAGAAGAGGAAGGCCGAGGAGGAGAGGAGGAGGGCAGAGGGCAGGGCAGAAGAACUGGAACUGAGACUUCGAUCCCUGGAGGAGCUCAUCUCAACACUGAAGGAUGUGAAAGGGGCUCAGAAGGUAACUGAGUGGCACAAGAAGAUGGAAGAAGCUCGUCUGCAGGAGCUGAGGAAAGGCAGGGAGCUGGUGGUCCAGAAGGAGGAGAUCAGGUACCUGAAGAACCUGGUAGAAGAGCAGGAGCAAACCAUCCGUUCGCUGGAAGAGGAUAUUGUGCAGCAAAACAUGCUUCGAGAAGAACACCAGCUUGCAUAUGAUCAGCGAGAGGUGGAGCUGGAGCGCCAACUGGACCAGUACGAGAAGCACCAGACUGAAAUUCUAAGCAGUUCAGAAAAGUAUGAGGAUGGUAAAGGAUCCCUUCCAGACCAGAGUCUACCUCUUGCUCAUCAGUUAGAGUUUGCUUUGGGUAAAAUCAGAGAGCAUGUCCGCACCAUCUUGGACACACAGGCCACCUGCAAAAGUUUGGAUGAGAAGUUGAAAGAGAAAGAAGCAGGUCUGUGGAAGGCAGAACAGAACAUCGUGUCCAGGGAUAAAGUGAUCAAUGAGCUGCGUCUGCGGCUCCCAGCUUCCGCCAACAGAGAACGCCUGCUAGCUGACCUUGCCAAGCAUGAAGAGGGUCAGUCAGACAAUCAACCUGCCCUCAAACUGGCUCACCAGACCAUCAAAGACCUCCAGGGUCGACUUGACAAAAAAGAGGACGUGCUAAAGAAAUACCACAACCAGUUGGCUCAAGCCAGACAGGAUCAGGAGGAGAUGAUAAAGAGACACCAGGAGGAGCUGAGAAUGUUGCAUCAGAAGUUGGACUUGCUUACGGACACCUCCUUGGACCGCUUCAAACAGACCGCAAUGGAACUGAUGAAGAAGCCCACUAUCAGGGUGGCAACCACCAAACACCUGGAGCGUCUGGCUGAGUUGGAGCAGAUAGUUGCUGAACAGGACAGCUCGCUCUACUCCGUCACAGAGAAGCUGAAGCUGGCCUCUGCUGAGAUGGAGCGACAGAGGACCACCGUGGAAACACUGGCUAAGAAACAUGCUCACGAGAUGUCAAAGCUGGAGGAGUAUCAUGCUGCCCAGGUGAAAGCUCUGUCUGGUGAGACUGAGGAUCAGACGGGCCAGAUGGUCCAGAUGGAGAAGGAGAUGAACUACCUCCGAACUGAGCUGGCAGCCCAGAAGGAGGCCAACGUCCGCUCCCCCAGCAACACCAUGAAAAACCUGGUGGAACGACUGAAAGCACAGCUCACACAGAAAGAGAAACAGCUCAAGGCUCUCAGUAAGGCUCUGUUGGAGCUGCGGGCCGAGAUGACGUCUGCUGCAGAGCAUCAAGUCAUCGCCAGCGCUGCACAGAAAGAGGAGAGCCUCAAUGUACAGAUUUUGGUUGACAGACACACCAAAGAGCUAAAGGUGCGGGUGCAAGAACUUAACGAAGAGCUUCAAGCUGCGAAGGAGUUAACCAGAGCAGCCAGAGGCCAGGAAAACACCCUGAAAGAGGAAGUGGACGGCCUGAACCAGGACCUCCAGAGGAGUCUGAAAACACAGAGACGCCUGCAGGCUGAAAAGGAGGAGAGAGAGCAGGAAAUCCAGGAGCUCAAGCAGCAAGUCAGGAGGCUCAGCAGCGCCCUCCAGAGUCAACCAGAACCAGAUGGGAAGGGGCCAACCGUCGAGAAUCUGCAGAGGAAGAUCAGGAGGCUCGAGUCUGACUUGGAGAAAAGAGCAGAAAUGAAAAAUGUUAAGGAUGAUAAUGACAAGACCAAAGGCGACAUUGUGCGUUGGGAGGAGGGAAAGAAAUGGCAGUCCAAGAUGGAAAAGGUGAAGAGUUCACUUAAGGAGAAGGAACGAGAGAAUGAAUCCCUGUCGAAACAGCUCGUCACUCUUAAAGACCUCUAUGGCAGACUGGAGCAAGAGAAGAGUGCACUGCAGAAGAAGCUGAAGGGUCGAGGUGUGACUGCUGAUCAGGUGGUGGGGGUGCGAUCCACUGAGAUGGAGAAGGAGAUGGAAGAGCUGAAGAAGAAGAACUCAGACCUGGAGACACAGAUCCUCACCAUAAAACAGCACCAGGCUUUACCUCGUGACGACGCCAUGGAGAAUCUGUCGCUGAGGAACCGCUACCUGGAAGAGAGACUCCACUCCGUAGAGAGCCAGAUGUCCAAAGAGCCUCCAUCAAGACCCUCUCCUGUGAGGCCAAAAAGCUCCUCCUCCUGGGCUUCGAGAGGGAUUUGUUCUAUCACUUUUGAUGUUGCGGAUGGGUCAUGCGAAGGGAAUGCAGCACCCCGUCCUGCUGACUCCUGCAGCCGCGUCGUUAGCCCUGCAGCUGUGAAGGACCCCGCUGACCAACAGAGGAAGCCAAAGCAAAGCCAGACUUCAGGACGAGGCACUGGGACUCCCUCACAGAGAGAUCAGGACCACCAAAAAGAAAACCUCAAGCUGACCUCUGAGAACCUGGAGCUGCGCUUUCAGCUGGAGCAGUCCAACACAGACUUGCCAAGACUAAAGAAUCAAGUUGCAGACCUGAAGGAGAUGUGCAGCGCACUGAAAAAGGAAAAGGCAGAGUUGGAGAAAAAGCUGACACACAUACGUGGAGCCGGUCACAGUGGUAAAACAGUCCCUGAACUCGAGAAGACCAUUGGGUUGAUGAAGAAGGUGGUGGAGAGGGUGCAAAGGGAAAAUGACACACUAAAGAAAUCCAGUGCACCUGCAAAUCAAGGCAAGGUCGCUGCCCUGGAGCAAGAAAAUGAAAAACUAAAGGCUGACUUUGAGAAACUGAAGAGUCAAAGUGAAGCUGAGCUGAAUUCCAGACUUGAAUCUAAAACCAAAGGCCUGGAGAAAAUAGUGAUGGAAAACGAACGUCUACGCAAGGAGAUCAAACGGGAAAUGGAAGCUGCAGAGAGGCUGAGAGUUGCCAAGGCGAGUCUGGAAGUGACCAACGAGAAGCUUGAAGCAGAGCUGGAAGAAACAAAGCAAAGACUGCAGGCAGCUCUAUCCAAACCCAUCACAGAGGGAGCGAACAGUAAGACCUUGAAGGCCUCUGUGGUAACAAGAAUGUUUGAGAACAAGAUGACGGAGCUGGAGAAGGAGCUCUCCCAGAAGACCUCCAGUCUCUCUGAACUCAAACGACAGCUGAAGGAGGUGAACGAGUGCGAGGAGAGAGCUCAGAUAAGCAUUCGGAAACUUGAAGAUCAGGUACAGGCUAAAUCACUGAUUAAUUUAAUAACAGCAGUCAGGUACUGGCUAACGCACUAUUUAAUUUAAUAACAGCAGUCCGGUGCAUUUAAUUUUAUGAGGACGUUCAAGUACAGGCUAACUGCUGUUGGUUUGUUAUCUCAGUUCUUGACAAACUUUUUCGGAUUUGUGAUUUGGCCUAUACAAACAUUGAAUCAAGUAUUAAAACACAUUUACUCAAAUACAUUUAUUUAAUAGGUUUAAUUAUGACAAUAUAUUUGUUAAAGUUUGCUAUAAAUCUGUUUUUACAAAAGUCUCAGGGCUCUAACAAUAGCCAGUUGCUCAGGUGGGUUCAAACUGAUUUGGUCCAGACUGGAUGGCCUUUUGGCUUUUGUUCAAUCAUGCGAGUCAUUUCAAGAGGGUCUAUCAUAUAAAACAACACAUGCCUGAUCUUGGGGUAGACUUUGUAGUUACAGAUGUUAUUUAAGUUUUCCAGCUAUUUAAUGCAGCACUUUCAUAAAGUUGAGGGACUUCGAGAGACAGAUAAAAAAAAAUAAUGGUUGAAUUUGAUGUAGCAGAUAUCCUGACUUAGUCCCUAUAAAACAAGCUCCCUGGAUUCCCAUAACACAACUCAAUAGUCUUAAGUUUGACUCUCCCUGCCUGGUUACCUUCAUCUUUCAAACCACAAAUCCCCAGUUCUUAACACAGGCUUUGUGUUAAAAUCCAAGUCCAAGCUGAGACAACCCUGUUGACUUCACUGACUUUGGAAAGCUCCUCCGCUGACGUCGCAGCAGACGUUAUAAAAUUGUUUUCACAGGCUGAGUAGUCAUGGCAUGUAAAUAGACUUUAACGUGUAAAUAGGUGGAGUUCUCCUUUAAAACAAAAUAGUCUACAUUAAAGUCUUAUUGUACAGGUUGUGUUUGUGACAAAAAUGUUAUCAAUGUUUUGAAAA